AUGGACGCGUCAACAGGCGCAGGAGGUCCCUUGAAUCUGAAUUUGUCUGAAGAUGGGCUAUAUGCUGCUCAUAUGAGUGGCAAAGCACUGGUCGUCCACUCCAAAGCAGCGUCAGAGCACAAGGAAGUCCAGAUUGCAAGAAUCAAAGAGACGACGCUCAAGUUCCUCAAGUAUUCACGGCCACAGCUCAGCCCUAGUUCUAUAACAGAUGAUGAUUUAUCGCGGCGGCGUCUAAUAUCUGCCAACGAUACCCGAAUCUCAGUCUGGCAACUCAACCCACUGGAGAUAUUUGCCGAUAUCGAAAGUGUCGAACCGGGGGCAUUGUCUGUGGACUUUGGAGCUGAUGAGAAUGAAGUACUAGUCUUUCACUCUUGGAACACCAAGUUGAGCAUCUACUCACUGGAGACGGGCCGCAGUUUGGUGAUCAAAUCUCCAAAGCUUGCCAAUCAUCUUGGGUUUGGAUAUCGACCUGAAACGAAGCAGCUAGCCAUUCUCCUGAAGCCAGAAACUUCCGAUCUAUUGACUGUCCAUCAGUCCCGGUCUUACGAACUACUCAAUCGAACAGUGCUCUCAACAAUCGAUGCCCAGGGCCUGAAAUGGAGUCCCGACGGAAAGUGGAUUGCUGUUUGGGAUAUUGCUAGUGCAGGCACAAAGGUACUGGUCUUCACGGCCGACGGUCAACACUUCAGAACGUAUUCCGGGCCAUCUGGCGUGGACGACACCUUCGAUUUAGGCGUCAAACAGAUCGAAUGGGGCCCUACCAAUCUACAAACUGGCGUUUGUGAAUUACUGGCUGUUGGGAAAGUGAAUGGAAAUAUUGACUUGCUCCGAGCCCGCACCUUCUCUUCCGCUACGACCCUCUCACACAUCUUCCCACCUGACCAGCAAGCCCCCACGAUCUGGCGGGAAAGAUACAUCAACGCAGAUGGGGACGCCGAAUAUGCCGAGGCAACCAGCUCCUCUGCGCUCAGCAUGAGUCCCGAGUCGGCAGGGUCUCCACGCGGUGUCUUGACUAUGGCUUUUAGCCCUGAUGGACAUCUUCUGGCCACUGUCGAUACUAUGCGGCAAAAUGUCGUUUGGAUUUGGUCGCUUGAGGGUACUCCGAAGCUCGCGUCUGCCCUGGUUCACGAGCAACCUGUUCGACAGAUUCUCUGGCAUCCUUCCACGCCACAACUAUUGAUCAAUACCAUCACAAAUACCUUACCUGCCAUUCGCUGGUGGUCACCACAGGAUCAUCCCGUUAUUGCUCGAGUUCCCGUUAACCGUAGCGAGAGUGGGAAGUAUGACGUGAGAUGGGAAGGGUCGGAUGCCGAUUCAGCGUUUUGGUUCGGGUCCACGGAAGAGUAUGCCAUUGGUUACCUCUCCGCUGGAGACAACGGCGUUGAGUUUGAAUUGUUGAACUCGGUCAGUAGUAAGGCUGGUGGAUAUGGCGGGAGCUCGAGCCGAUAG